AUAAUUUUGAAGAAAAUGAUGUAUUUAAUAGUACUCCACCAAAAAAAAAAAUUAAAGGACCAAAAUGUUUUAAUAGUAAUUGGCUUAAUUGCUCUGAAUUUAAGGGAUGGUUGGAAUGUAUUCGUAAAAAUAUUUUCAAAGCUCGUUGUUCUGCUUGCCAGGAAUAUACUAAAAAUUGAAACUAUGUUAAAACAAGUGUAUGGAUCACUAUUUUCUGUGAGUUCUCGCCUUCUUCGAAGAAACACUGAAAGUUUGCUCCCAAAGCAACCUUUAACUAAUUUAGUAAUAAACAAAAGUUUACCUCAAAGUCUUGAACGAUGCAGAUUUUAUUCCAUGUUAUCUAGGAUAAAUAUGUCUGAUACUAGUUUAAAUCAAAAUAAAUUUAUUCUACCAGUGAACAUAUUGAGCAAUUUUAAUAUUCAACAAAACAGAAACUUAACAAAAUUUUCUCUUGGAAAAGGUAAAAGAAAGUCUGUCAAAGCUGUUGUUGAUCGUUUUUAUCGUUUGGCAUGGGGUAUAUGGAUUCGUACAAAAUGUGGACGUAAUAAAAAAAUGUGGAAAAAACCUGCAAGUAGAAAACGUAGGUUACGACAACAUGUAUUUUGUAACGCUAAACAAAGUACUUUAUUAGAUAAAAUGACUACAAAGUAUUGGAAAAAAAGAAGAUUCUACCCAGAUGAUCCUUAUGAACCUUAUCAUAGCAGAGAAGAAUUUCCGUUCACUAGAAAAAAACCUCUUCUUGAGUAAUAAUUAAGUCAUUUUUUGAGGUUUUUUGUAUAUUAAUAAAUAUAUAAUUGAGUUUAUUAAAAUAGUGAUCAUAUUUUUCUUUAUAAAACUAAAUUUUAAUUGCUCUAUUAAUGUAUCAAUGUACUAAAAGAAUAUUUUAUGAUUGAUUAAAAAUGGUAAUUAACUUAUUAAAAAAAACAUAUGAUUGAAUUGAUUA